GGAACAAUUCGAAAAGUCAACCAUAUGCGCUCCAAUGGACAAAUUCGAGAAACCACAAUCGUAUCUUAGUUGGACAACCGCUCAGGUCAUAUCUUGGCUUUCCGGGUUGGACGAUGCUGUCGAGCCGUAUCUGUCUGCAUUCAGUGCGAAAAAUAUAAGUGGAAAGUGGCUUAGCUCCCUGACUGCUGAUGUUUUGGACAAGUAUGGAGUUCACAAGAUUGGCCAUCAGAUGAUCAUAUUGGAGAAAGUGAAGCAACUACAAUACCAAUUUUCAUCUUUUGAUAACGAAACACUUCAGUCAGUUUUAUUGCGCGUAUCACGUUCGUGUACAUGCAUUGUUACUGCAAUAAAUUCUCUCAUGGCUAUAACUAAGAGACAAGAUGCUGAUAGUCCCUAUCCGGGGAUACUUUCAGAUAUUCAGGGAGCUGUUUCUUACAUUCUCAGUUGUAUACUGAACCUAAUGUCCUCGAUUGGUAAUGCUGCGUCCUGGCUAGAGCGACCCCCUUUUUCUCUUCUUCCCGAAAUGGUUGUAUUCCGACAAUUUCUUGUUGAGAAUGCUAUAAUUACCAAUAGGUUAUCUCAGCAGGCUAUAAGUACUCAAUGCAAUGAACAUUUUAAGGAGAUAAUCGAUUAUAUUGAACCAAUGAGAAUCCGUGUCGAAGAUGUUCUGCAAAACUGCAGUGAUUCCAUCUUACUAACUCCAUGUGGCAUCGAAAUGGUACAAAUAAGAAAACUUGACUCCGCUGAUUUUGGGUUUAAUUUUCGGUCCACGAUAAACAAUAUUCACGUAAUUGUUUCUGUUCAGGAUGAAUCCCCAGCAUUUAGUACCGGAAAAGUUACCAAAGGAGAUGAAGUAAUCGAAGUAAAUGAACAAAUAGUUAUUGGUUGGCUUCACUAUCGCGUCGCUGACUUAAUGCGGCAUUCUUCACAGCACAUUAGUUUGCGAUUGCGAAAGCGACCCUCUCAUUCCAACGAUUUUAUUGGCUUUCCAGGAGCUGGGCGGCGUCAUCGCCUAAUAGUCAACCAGAUACCACCUGCUGGGAGCCUAUCCCAGACGCGAGGUGCGUAUAUAUUUACCAGAAAUCCAAAACGUCGUCUGCCUCUUACAGGCCCACUUUCUACAGAACCUUUGUCUGUUACUCAAGAAACCACCUCCGAUCAAACAUCUGUUUCCUCACCUACAUCAACAUCACCUGAAUCUCAAUCCAUAGUUAGUGUGUCUGGGUUGCUUUCCUCUUCUCCGACGUCUUCUUUAUCUGUGCAUCAGGGUACAUCAAUAAAAAUAAAUGAUGAUCCUUGCAAUCUAGAAAAUCGUGCUCAUAUAUCUUUUAGACCGAAUUCCAGCAAUGAAUCCAUAAUUUACAAUAACUCGAGGCUUAUUGCUAGUACACCAAAUACUCCAUUAAUGACUUUACGAUCAAUGGACUCGGUGUGUUCUCAUUCUUCGCUAUCGUUUCCACCCCACCUUCCACCUGCGCAUCCUGGUACUACAACGUUUGACAACGGAAUGAACGAUACUAGUGUGGUCUCAUCUGAUAUAACAUACUCCAAAAAAUACAAGUCUGUCAAUACUUCUCAUCAUAUUCGCUCAACUUCUUGUUCUUCAAACAAAUCUGUUUUUCCUCGUUUCUCCCUAACACAUCGACGCACAGCUUCUGGUGACCCAAAACUGAUGAAUAGUAUAUCUGGUGGCGAUGGGGAAGAUACGUUAUUUCAGAAAAAACCGAGUCCUUCGUCGCUUCGUCACUGUAGUAGUUCAUCUCCUAAGUUUCAUGCUCUGGAUAAACGCUAUAGAAACCUUCAUCGUUCUAGUCUUGAUGAUUUCAUGCUUUUUUUAAAACAUGGAUUUGGAUCAAGAAAACCAACUCGUCGUAUAUCCUGCAAGGAUCUUGGACAGGGAGAUUGUCAAGGUUGGCUUUGGUUGAAGAAAACCAACCCACUUACCAGUAAAUAUGUGAAGCGAUGGUGUGUUUACAAAAACUCAACGUUCUAUUAUUACAGAAAUCCUGAAGUAAUGUUCUAACUUGUUUUUUAAAAAUAGGAAAAUAUUUGUUUCCCUUAUUUUAGGAUGAUUCAGCUGAAGGUUUAAUUCUGUUGCAUGGUUUCACAAUCACUCCUGCAGUCUCAGCGAAAUCGGGAAAAUUUGCAUUCUCAAUUUUCAAUGAUUGGGUUCGCUUUGUGUUCGCUUCUGAUUCUGAAAUCGACCGAUCAAAAUGGAUGAAUAAGUUAGGCCUAGCUUCAAUCGGUUUGUCAUCUACCAUACCAAAUUCUCGUAUUGGAGGUUUCAAUCCUGGUUAUGUGGUUUUAUGUGACUCGAAAAAUAACGAAGUAAAAGCUGAAAUUCCGCAUCUACAUUCAUGCACCGUCUUAUCAGAUUCACCCACUAAAAAGUUCCAAGGCGACAACACAUCUGGACUUCGAUCUCAGACCUUAUCAACUUCCAAAACUACAGAUUUCGCAGAAAACUCCUUAACAGUGGUGACUUCCCAGCCUGUGUCAACCCCUCCAAGGCAUGCAGCACUACAUUCAGUUUCAUCACCAUCAUUUUCUACGUUUGAUUUGCGUUCGAAUUCUUUACCAUCUGAACCCCGUGCUGUCCGCUCUAUAAUUUUUCCUCGGAAUAGUGCUCUAUCACCCUCAGCUGGACAUUCAUCAUCUCCUGCUCACACUAGAAUUAGGCAUCGUCAACCACUUGAAAUCCCUUCAGUAGCAUUCAGAUGCUAUAGUGAGAGUGAAGAUGAAAUAGACGAGGAUGUUGAAGCCGAAUGUUAUGUGGAUGAAAACUGUAUCUCUGAGGGAGGCGCACAACUAAAUCUUCGAAACCGACCAGGAUCUGCAUCCCCAUCACAUGAACGACGAUAUGUUAUUUUAAACAGUACAGAAGAAAAUGAAUGUUUACAAGAAUAUAAAAAGCUGAUUUCAUGUAAAAGUGAACUACAUGUGUCCGAUGUACAUGCUUCAAUGCCUUUAUCACGUCCAUUAAGAGCUGCGCAUAUCAUUACGAAAAAUCUCCAUUGUCCUGAUAAACUUUCAGGUGUCGAAAAGAUUGUUGGCGUAAGAAACAACGAAUCAGUCCCCGAAUGCAGCAGUAGGCGUCAUAAUAACUGACACUGCAAAGCUCAUUUUUAAGUUACCAUAAUCAUCUUUGACCAUUCGCUGUUGAAUUUAAUUAAUUUUGUCACUUAUUUUUUGAGAUCACUUGAUUUUCAUUCUGACUUUAUCUUUUGUGAAAUAUCUCAUGUUAUGUAGUU